AUGGCCCCCAGUUUCAGACGUGGUUUUCCCGCUACUUUCGGGUUCAUCAUCGCCGCGAUAAUUGCGGUCAUCAGCAUCAGACUCCUCCUGUUGCGCGAACAGAAGAAGAAUCCCGAAGCUCCAGUGACUUCUCUAGGGGCUGGUGUUGUUAUUGAGCACGACAAAACGGCAGAUAGCGCAGGAGAGGCCGAUAGAGCCACUGAAAAGAAUUAG